AUGUACUUCAAAGAACCCGUCAACCUGGCCAGUGACAAGCGACGGCCAGUUUGCACACGUUGCGAAACUAAAGGCCUUAACUGUAAGCCUGUGCAGAAGGAGGCCGUUUUCCGGAAUGGCUCGACAGCCAAUCUCGAUGCGAGCUUUACACAGGGUCAAAUAUGGGUUAAUAGCACACCGAAGAUCUGGAGGCCUCCGAAGCACUCGACAGAAAAUCCGCCAAAUGCAGCCUCGCCUAAUAGGCCAAACGAAGAAUCCACCGUUCAUUCACCCUCACCAAAUGGAAUCAUUCAUGGUCGCCAGAAAAUCACAAGCCCUACCUUUCCCUCACAAAGAGGCCAAAAUGGAGAUCUGGAUGAUACUUCCCCUCACAGCGCUUUUCCCUUUACCUUUCCCUCUCCGGCAUUGUCGCCCAUGAGCAACCACACUCAUCAUGACGAUACACUUUCUUACUCAGGAGCAGAAAAUACCAGCAAUGAGCUCAAUAUUGGAUUUGCGAGCGGGUCCCGGAGCGCGAAGGGUGCUGCUGAAGAUGAUGCAUCGUCGCUUUCCAGCACUCAGCCCGCUCUCUCUGCUUCUGCAGGUAUCCAGGAAUCCUGCCUACUACGAUACUUUAUUGAGGAAGUGUCUCCCUGGUUUGAUCACUGUGACGAUCGGAGGCAUUUCCAGUUAGUCGUCCCCUGUCGGGCUCAGCACUGCCCAACUCUUCGAUAUGCUAUAUUUGCAGUAUCGGCCCGACACUUGUGUCGACUGCCUCAAUACAAGACACGUCGCGGGAUUCUAUAUGGUGGGCAGCUACUCCCCCACUUACAAAUGUCCAGUGCUGUUGAAUAUAUGCUCAAAUGUAUGCCUGGUCUGGCCGAGUUCCCUAACAUCCAGGACCCGACACACCAAGAGAACAUCAUGGCUGCCGCCGUCAUUCUACGUCAGUACGAGGAGAUGGAAGAAGAGACCGGCGAAGGCAGAGGCAGAAUCGAAGCUGAGUAUUACGAUGACGAUCGCGUCAACUUUCUGGCUGUCACUCAGAGGAUCAUUGACUCUAUGAUCGCCUCUCCGCUGGAUCAUUCGCUUGCUACGGCCGCAUAUUGGAUUGUCAUUCGGCAAGAGAUUUAUUAUGCUUUGACAAGGGAGACAGUCCCGCAUUUACGAUUCGAUUCUGACCGUUGGCGCAAUGCUUCCAUCGCCAACAAUAUGAUCAUGUUCGUCGGUAAAGUCGCUCAGUGGCGCUGGGGGCAAAAGAGCCCUGAUGAGUGGACACGACUCAAGCUGGAUGAACAGAAACUGAUUCGUGAAUCGCUUGGUAAAAUGGAACCUAUUCUUGAACUCAAGGCAGAUCGAGCUAAAGGUCAAAUAUUUCCGACGGUCUGGUACAGCUUCGAUGUCCACGCGACGGCAGCACAGCAUUUCCAACUGGCUCAAAUGAUCUUGACUGCUGAGAAUCCGCAACUUGAAAAAGCAAAUCGUGUGGCUCAUCGCAAAGCAGAAGCUCAAGUUCGAUCGAUCGUCCUCAAUCUAUGCGGUAUCGCUUUGAAUCACCUACGAGUGCAACCCUGCCUGGUAAACGCAGUCAUUGCUAUUACUCUGUACGGUGAUUACUUUACCGAUCAUGAGGAGCGCGAGGCAUUAGUUGGCAUCAUCAACCGGACAAGAGACUUACAUGUGUGGCAGAUGAAAAAGCCAUAUCAGACUCUGCUACGACGAUGGGAAGCGGCCGACAGUGCAGAGAUAUGA